UCAACGGACGCCAAACCUGAUUCAAAAAUAGCAGAAUAUAUAGAGAGAGAGAGAGAGAGAGAGAGAGGGGAGAGAGUGUGCUUGUGCAGAGCUUCUUCUUCUGUCAAUAAUUUUUCUGCUCCUUCACUCUAAUAAUCUCAUCCAAUCAGCUUUUUCUGUCUUUAUGUAUUCCCGGCGAGAGAAGAGGAAGUAGAGGAGUAGAAGAAACAAAUAUCUCUUUCCUUACGUAACAUACGUUUAGGACAGGAUUUUCUUUACGACAUCUCAAAGAUCGCACCUACAAUGGAGUUGCUUCAACGAAUUCAGGCUCCGUUUUAACUGAAUUUUAGGGCUCUUUCUUCUUACAACUAUAUUUUGGACCUCCUCUGUCCUGCAUGCAUGUUCUAGGGUUCGUUGACGAAUGAUUUGUUUCGAAGGCGAUCAAAUGGAGCAUUUUAGUGAUAAUUCAGUCUCAGGUCCUUCCAAGAUUCCAUCAGUUAAAAUUUCACGAAAAGUUGGAAGUGGUGCAUGGAGGAUUCCAUCUGGAGCUGAUGCAUAUCAUGCAUCAAGUGAUGCCAGCCUUUUCUCAAGCUCAUUACCUGUUCUUCCACAUGAAAAGUUGAACUUCUCCGACUUGGAGCACAGUGGACAAUCUGUAGAGGAUGCAUCAUCUACCUUACAUAACCUACAUGAAGAUGUUGAAGGAAAGGAUUCUCUGGAAGAUGAUGGACCAAAUGCAAUUGGUAACCUUCUUCCUGAUGACGAGGAUGAACUUUUGGCUGGUAUCAUGGAUGAUUUUGACGUAAGUGGCCUGCCUAUUCAACUAGAGGAUUUGGAUGAGUAUGAUCUUUUUGGCAGCGGAGGGGGUAUGGAAAUGGACUUUGAUCCUCAGGAGAGCAUCACUGCGAGUAUGUCAAAGUUAAUCUUAUCUGAUGGUGUUUCUGUUAAUGGGAGCAGUCAGUAUGGUAUUCCAAAUGGCGUUGGAGCAGUUGCUGGGGAGCACCCAUAUGGGGAACAUCCUUCCAGAACAUUAUUUGUGCGGAACAUCAACAGUAAUGUUGAGGAUUCAGAAUUGAGAGCUCUCUUUGAGCAAUAUGGUGCUAUCAGGACCCUUUACACUGCAUGCAAACACAGGGGUUUCGUAAUGAUAUCUUACUAUGAUAUUCGAGCUGCUCGGACUGCCAUGCGUGCUUUGCAAAAUAAGCCAUUGCGUCGGAGAAAACUUGACAUUCAUUUUUCAAUUCCAAAGGAUAACCCAUCAGAUAAGGAUAUUAAUCAAGGAACUCUUGUGGUCUUUAAUUUGGAUCCAUCUGUGUCAAAUGAUGAUCUCCGUCAAAUAUUUGGAGCUUAUGGGGAGGUUAAAGAGAUCAGGGAGACACCACAUAAACGGCACCAUAAGUUUAUUGAAUUUUAUGAUGUCAGAGCAGCAGAAGCAGCUCUUAGGUCAUUAAAUAGGAGUGACAUAGCCGGCAAACGUAUAAAGCUCGAACCUAGUCGUCCUGGGGGAGCACGUCGAAACUUGAUGCAACAACUGAGUCAAGAACUGGAACAAGAUGAAACUAGGAGUUUCAGGCAUCAAGUAGGUUCACCACUAGCCAAUUCUCCUCCAGGUAAUUGGGCCCAGCUCAGCAGCCCGGUUGAGCAUGGCCCUUUGCAAACUCUGGGACAAUCCACAAGUUUGGGAAGCAUUAGUCCUAUGACAAGCAACCAUUUGUCUGGCUUAGCUUCAAUUUUACCUCCUCUUGGAUCAAAUUCUAUGAAGAUAGCACCUAUUGGGAAGGAUCAAGGAAGGGUUGCCCAUGUUGACCAAGUAUUCAACAGUGCCAGCGCACCCCAUGGAGCUGCCUAUCAGCAUUCUCAUCCAUUUCCGGAGCCAAACUUGAGCCCAAAUCCUGGGAAUGCUUCUUUUGGUCCUUCAACCUCUAAUGCAUCUGGUAUUGGAACAUUGUCUGGCCCACAGUUUCUCUGGGGCAGUCCUACUCCGUACUCAGAGCACACCAAUUCUUCUGCCUGGCCGACCCCACCAAUGGGACAUCCAUAUGCAUCUAAUGGGCAGGGUCCGGGCUUUUUAUACUCUAGUCGACAUGGCUCCUUUGUUAGUUCGUCACAUCAUCACCAUCAUCAUGUUGGGUCUGCCCCAUCUGGUGUUCCUAUCGAGAGGCAUCAUGGAUAUUUUCCAGAAUCUCCGGAAACAUCCUUCAUGAGUCCAGUUUCAUUUGGGGGAAUGGGUUUAAGCCGGAAUGAAGGGGGAUUUAUGAUGAACAUGGUUGGUCGUGUGAAUGCUGGAGUUGGCAUGUCAGGAAACAUAUCUGACAAUGGUUCCCCCAAUUUUAGGAUGAUGUCCUCACCUAGGAUGGGUCCCAUGUUCCUUGCUGGUGGUCCAUAUCCAGGUCCAGGUGCCCCUGGCAUUGAGGGCUUAGGUGAUCGUGGGCGGAGUCGGCGGCUUGAAAGUAAUGGAAACCAGAUAGACAGCAAGAAGCAGUACCAGCUCGACUUGGAUAAGAUUAUUAGUGGGGAAGAUACUCGUACUACUUUAAUGAUAAAAAAUAUCCCAAAUAAGUACACCUCGAAGAUGUUGCUUGCUGCUAUUGAUGAACAUCACCGUGGUACCUAUGAUUUCCUCUACUUGCCUAUUGAUUUUAAGAACAAAUGCAAUGUAGGCUAUGCAUUCAUCAAUAUGGUGUCUCCUUCUCACAUUAUCCCCUUUUAUCAGGCAUUCAAUGGGAAGAAAUGGGAGAAGUUCAACAGUGAGAAAGUUGCUUCGUUGGCCUAUGCUCGAAUUCAGGGCAAAGCAGCACUUGUUACCCACUUCCAGAAUUCUAGCUUGAUGAAUGAGGAUAAACGGUGUCGCCCAAUUUUAUUCCAUUCUGAAGGCACUGAGGGUGAUCAGAUCAUACAGGAACCUUUUCCGUCCAACACUAUGAAUAUCCGUAUCCGUCAGCCAGAUGGGUCUUACUUGGGAGAUUCACCAGAGAGCCCUACAAAAGGAAAUAUGGGUGAGUAACCAAGUAAGAGUUGAUACUGUCUAUUGGAAGCUGGCUGCUGUUUGCUCUAUGAGACGAUGGAUGAGUUCUUGCUCUUGCGAAGAUAAAUUGUGUAUAAAAUUGGGGAGAGGUAAUUUGAAGAUAAUGUAUUAUAGGCAUUGCCCACUUCUGAUGUACCCAGAGCAUUUCACAAGAAAUCUUUGGACGAAGAUGUGGAGGGAGCAUAUUUUUGAAGUGCUUAGUGAAUUUAAUAUCUAAAGAUUGGAAGAGAAUAAGGUCAAGUCUUUUUGCUACCAAAUGCAUUGCUCGCCAGUUUGUGCAUGAUUUCGGUCCUUCCCUUUUCUGUCUUGUUUUCUUUUAGGUCUUGUUGUCUGGGGUUGGGAUUGGCUUAGGUAUCUCAAAUACAAAUACAUGUUUAUAUGGGUUCAUGUGUAUGGCAAUUGAAGUUGUAGGGUUGAUCCAAGGGCCUGUUUACAGAAUUGUAUAGAGGCUGUUUAACAGACCCUAUUUUUGUGUUGUCCUUUACUUGGUAUCAUUGUAUUUAAUGAGACAUGAGUCUGUACAGAUUUUGCAUUGCAGCUCUUCC